AUGUCUCGCAUUGAAGCUAAAAAGCCUUCAUUGUGUACUAAUGAACCUCUAACUAAAGAGAGAGUUAGUUUCUCUCUGUCUGUGUUAAGUGGAAUAGUAAAGUCUUGCUAUGGCCCUACUGGUAGACUCAAACAGCUCCACAAUGGUAUGGGAGGCUACGUUCGCACAACUUCACAAUCUUCUGCCUUGCUUGGUGGCCUUUCUAUCACCCAUCCAGUAUUAAAGGUUCUGACAGCCUCUGUACAGAAUCAUAUAUCACGCUUCAGCGACUGUGGCUUAUUUACAGCCAUUCUUUGCUGUAGCUUGGUUGAAAAUUUUCAAAGAAUAAACUUUGCGGCCUGUACUGUCACUAAAAUAAGUAGACAUCUUUUGAGCUUAUGUACUGACUAUCUCAAGUCUGAGGCCUGUGGUUGCCGAAUAUCAGUGGAUUUUGACAGUAUUAAGACUCUUCUUUCUUUGGUACGUAGCAUAUUAGCAAGCAAACCUGCCUGCAUGCUUAACAAAACAGAAGCCAAUCACCUCAGCACAUUGGUUUUAAAGGCUUUUUUGGUUACAAUUCCGCAUACCAUUGAAACUAAUGUUGUUUUAGGAAAGUGUGUAAUUGUUCCUGUGAAGGAAAAAAGAGUUAUGGAUUCUACUGUGUUACCUGGACUACUAAUAGAAGUACCAGAAUUUCAAUUGGCAAGAACGUUUCCUGUCAAAAGAGUUUCUUCAAGCACUAUCAAGAUGGCACUCUUCUGUAUCUCUAUGUCAGGAGACUUUUCCAAUAUUGGAGAAGGAACUGUAAUUGUCCAUCAUGGAAUUUCUCUAGAAGUAGCAGUAUUGGAUCAGUUGCUUAAUUUAGGAAAGCAGUUGGUUAAUGACCGAGUAGGCCUUGUAGUGUGCCAGAAAGUUAUCCACCCAUCUUUGAAACAAUACCUGAAAGAGCACCAUGUCAUCACUAUAGACAGAAUUGGAGUAUCUAUGAUGGAACCCCUGAGUCAAAUGACAGGUUCACAGCCCAUUGCUGCCCUACAUUCUGUAUCUCCUACUUGUUAUGGCAGUCUGAAGGACUUGCGCACUGAGAGUUUUGUUUCAAAACAUUUCUUGCAUCUAAUUCCCAAUGACACACUUGUCUGCAGCUUGAUACUCUGUAACAGAAAUGAAAUGGCAUGGGAUGAGCUGAAGCUUGCAUGUCAAACUGCAGAACAUGUCUUACAGCUAACAAUCAAGCAACCAUUGGCACUGUUAGGAGGUGGCUGCACAGAAACUCAUUUGGCCUCAUACAUAAGAUACAAGAGUUUUACCCUUCCUACUAGUGUUUUGAAAGCCAUAGAUUGUUCUCGGACACAAUACCAGUUGGUUGCUGAUGCCUUUUGCCACUCGCUGGAGUGUGUAGCUUGCUGCCUGGAGCACGAUGAUGGUGAAGUUCUUACUGAUAUGGUUUAUGGACAUUUGUGGUCUGUUCAAUCAGGUUUUCCCUCUGACUGUAACUGGUCAGAUUUAGUUUUGAAGUGUGGUUGUGGGAUUUACAAUAACCAGCAGAAUCUCAACUGGACAGUUUUACGAAGCCAAUGUAUCCCUUUUACUCCACAAAGCUGCUCUAAUGAGCCUUCUAUAAACUCCACUGACGAUCUUGUACUGGACUGUUUUACUGCAAAAUGUAGUGGUCUGCAAGUGGCAGUGGAGACAGCCAAUCUGAUUUUGGAUUUGUCAUAUAUAGUUGAAGAUCAAAAUUAGUUUAGUUUUCAUCUGCAUUAUUUUGAUCUUCAUAUUUAUUUGAAAAGGUUCCAAAGCAGCAUAAAUAAUAUACUAAGAGACUACUAUGCUGGAUCAGAGUCUAUAAACAGAAUUUUAAUGUCAAGCAUAGUUGCUCAUUAAGCUACUUGUCUGAUUCCUACUCCAGUUAUAAACAUUUGCAAUUAUAUUUACCAUUUUGUUAGAAAAACUAAACAUUAAUAGUCUAGUGUGCACUCAGACAUAGCCAAAAUUUUAGCAACACAUGAUUGAGAAUUCAGACUAUACUGUAUUCUAUACAUUCAAACUAUAUAUGCAAAUAUGUGUUAUUACACACAAAAAACUACAUUAAAGGAAGAUGAAGGUUGCAAAGUGUAGCAUUCAAAAUUUAGGAAGUGCCAGAAUUAAGGUUGCCUGUGCAACCUUAAUACAGCCUCCUUGUGUGUAUGCAGUAUGAUUCAGUCUUUAAUUAUCUAAUCACAUUGUACUUUUCCACAAGACCCCUGACUCAUUCAGUCCACCGAAUGGCCAGUGCUGACUGAGUGAGCAGCUAUUUAAUAUUUUGUUAUAUCCUUAUGUGACUCCAUGUCUUAUUUACUGCAUGCUAUUCAAACCAUGCUUUGAAGACAGAAUUAUUAGUUUCUUCAUGAGCUUUUGUAUGGCUCUCUUCUCUAGUAUCUGCAUGCUUCACAAACAUUAAUUUAUUCUCGUAAUACUCUUGUGAGAUGAGGAGCUAGUAUCCCCAUUUUAUAGAGCAGGAACCCAGGCACAGGAAGAUUAAGGUAAAAGGUUUGCAAUAAUUUUGGCUGUCCAAUUUGAGGUGCUUAAGACCUGAUUUUUCAAAAUACUUAGCAUUGUGUAGCACUUUAUAUGUUAAAAGCACAGCUUCCAUUAAUUUCACUUGCAGCUGAGAGUGUUUCUGCAAAUCAGACUACAGGGUCUCAAAUCAAGCACCAAGAAAAUACACAAUUUGUGACCAUCUUUGAAAAGCUUGCUUUAAGUGAUUUGCCCAACAUCAUGUAGAAACUCUUGUGGCUGAGGCAGGGAUAGAAUCCAGUGCCCAAGGGCAGCUUUCAGCUGCCUUGAUCAUGAGGCUAUCCCUUUUCUUCCCACCUCAUUCACUCCGUACAUUUCAAUUUCUGUAACAAAUGUAGAGGGAAUGUUGUAUGGGACCCCUGCUUCAUUUUCUUUUUACUGAGCAGGCUACACACUCUACUGAGAACUAACAAAAAUAUAGUUUUCAGUGGAGUUUAUAGCCCUGAUUACCCCAUGUCUCCCUCACCCCCCUCCUUACCGGCCCUGAGAAGUGGGUGCUGAGAUGUGUUGUUCAGCUUGUGGGGAGAGGGGGAGGAGCCCUUCUGUCACCUACAUCCUAUUUCUGCAAACACUGCAGAUUGCUCACUCCAUUUUAUAUUCUCUACCUCUCUAUAAUCUGCAGUAGUCCCCUUCCAUCACUCUCUAGCAGUGCCUCUAUUCCUUUUUUAACCCCAGCUCCUAUCCUCUAUCCCUGAUUUUGCCUAUCUGCCCCCCCUUACUCUGCCUCCACCUGUUUGACCACCCUGCUCAUCGUUUGCCCUCUGCAAAAAACACGAAUAGAUGUUAUAUAAUACAUAAAAGAUUACACAAAAAAGAAAAUAUUAAAACAUCACAGCUGACUAACUCAGGAGUUGGUACUUUUAGGCACAUGUGCUGGGAUUGAAUAGAUGCCAGAUAUUUUCAACCACAAUCAGUGGCACAAAGUUUGAUUGUUCUGUGAUAGUAAGUGUCUAUUAUUUUCUUUCCGUUAGAUAAUGAACAAAAGUUUGCCUUCGUACUUGUUACCUAGCAGAGUCAUUAUUACAAUCCAGAAACUCCAUUACACCUAUGUUGUGCAAUUGGUUUGGUACAGUGAGCAAUAUCUGUUAUAGAAAAAUGUUAUGAAUAUAACAUUACAAUAAAACAUUACAAUAAAACAUUACAAUAAAACAUUACAAUAAAACAUUACAAUAAAAAAUACUGUACUUUG